UAGAGGGGGGAUAACCCAGUGUUUUAAUGGGAAAUUUUUAAUGGGGAUGAAAUAACCAAAAAGUACCUUUUUGUUUUUGUUUAUUGUAACUGUGUCGUAGAAAUAAAUGAAUUGCAAUAGAUGUGAAAAAAAAAUAUGGCCUGUCAGAUGUCUAUUCAAAAGAAAAUAAUUUCUAGAUAUCACUUAUUAAAAAGAGAUAUAUUAACGGUUACACCGUUUUAGACUAAACAGUUGCUGUAUCCGGUGCGUGCGUUAUCUGUUGCAAUGUCAACUGAUUAUCGAAAACUGACAAAAGGAGAACCUCAGAGUUACUCCAGUUGUCCAUUGUAUCAAGUAAACCAAGUUAAAGCUAAAUUAGUUGGUUUACAGUUGGCAGCAUGUGAUCCUUCCAUUAAUCAGAGCUGCUUCAUUGGUACAUCUUCAUCAGAAUUUGUUUUCCAAGAGCUUUAUACUGAACCAUCUGAGUCAGAUGCAUCCAGUUUCAAAUCUGUUUUGACUGUGGCUAACAGCAGCACCAGUUGUAGCUUGUGCUCAUUAAAAUUCCAGAAUUUGCAAGAGCAGAAAGAACACUUUCGAUCAGACUGGCAUUUGUAUAACUUGAGACAAAAGUUGAGAGGAAUGUCCCCAGUUUCUGAAGAAGUUUUUGAAAAUAUUGUUGAUAAUCUUUCAAGUAGCAUUUCUGGUAGUGACUCAGAAUCUGAGAGUGAAGACAAUGGUUAUUUCCCUGUUGAAGACAUGUUACCGGACGUAGGUCCCAUUGGCAAACCAUACUCAAACACAGCAACUACACAAGAGACACCAGAUACUUCUCACUGUCAACUUGCUAGUAAUAAAAGGAGUUAUCCAAAACUAUUCCUGAAAAAUAACAAUGGUGAACUUAUAUCAGUUUAUAAGUGUAUAUUAUAUCACAAGAAGAAACCUCCUUCAUCUAUAAAGUUAGUUCUUGAAUAUUUAUCUAAAUUACCUGGUGCCAUGUCAUGGGCUGUGUUUUUAGCAAGUGGUGGGCAUUUUGCUGCAACUAUUUUUGAAAAUGGCAAGGUAAUCGUGCACAAGACAUUUCAUCGUUACACUGUUCGAGCCAAACAGGGCAAAUCCCAAGGAUCCAGGGAUGGACGUGGUAAUGCCCCUCGCUCUGCAGGGGCAUCCCUCCGCCGGCACAAUGAGUCUGCAUUAAAUCAGGAUGUCCAAGAGCUUUUGACCAGUUGGUCUGACUAUUUGAUGCGAUGUGAUCUGAUCUUCUUGAGAGCCCCUAGCUUUAACCAGCAAAUGUUCUUCAGUGGUAAAAAUUCUCCCCUCAGUCGAAAUGAUUUUCGUAUUCGAGGCGUACCAUUCCAUACUCGGCGCCCAACGCACAAUGAAACUUGCCGUGUUCAUGAAAUGCUAGCAUCAGUUGAAUGCUAUGGUAAUGAGAGCGAAAUGCAGGAAUUUAUUCCCCAAUCACCUCCUCGACAUUUUAGUUCAAAUACUGGUCAACUAGAAAUCAUCACAGAUGUCUCUCAAUUAAGAAAUAAUGUGGGCAAAUUGAUCUUAUGUGAUAAAAAAAGAAAAACUUAUAAUGUUCAAGAAAAUACAUCUUCUGUCACUGUAGAUGACAGAUCAUGUUCUGAAACAGAAAACGAUAGUGACAUUAAAUUGCAUUUUGUGAACAAAGAAAUCAGUACAUGUCAUCUAAACCCUGAUGAGAUAAACUUUGGUCAACAGGCUGCUGUGAAAUCUAACAAAAUUUCUAUAGAUACAAAACCUAAGCCAGCUACUAAAGGAUCAAAGGAAAAAAAUUACAUCCGAAACGAACUUUAUAGAGCAUGCAAAACCGGGAAUCUUCAUGAUGUCAAUAAGAUAAUUUCAUGGCUGGCUAAGCAUGCAUGUGUGCCUAACUCUAAAAAUAAAUCUGAAUCACAAAGGAUAUUGACUGAUGAAAUAGCAAAAGAUGCAGAAGAUGUGAUUGAAUCUUCUGUCACUCCUGAAAAUGUUCUUGAUGGAAAAGUAUCAAAGAAUAGAACUAUUCCUCUUGAAAAUAGUUUCUCAGAAAUAGCAAACCCAUCAUGUGCUACUACCACAGAAACUGUAGUUCAGAGUGAUAACAGUCCAAACAAUGAUGCUAUUGAUGAUGAUGUCAAAUCAUCUGACAAAGAAAAUAAAACUGGAAAUAUAAUUUGUGAUGAGUCUUUAAAUUUAGUGAUGGCUGAUGAUAUUAAGUUUCCAGACAUUUUGAAUGAACGAUGGGGCCGAGAUCAGCAUACAAUACUACAUGCUAUUGUGCAGAAUUGUCAAACAGAAGUCAUUUCUCCUCUCUUAGAAGCUGGUGCAAAUCCUGCCAUUUGCAACAGCAAAGGCAUACCUCCUUAUUGCAUCGCAGACAAAGAAACAAGGAAUGAGUUCCGUAGAUUCAUGGCCAAAUUUCCUGACAAAUAUGGUUAUCGUAAAGCUCAGAUUCCUAGUCCAUUGACCCCUGCACUAGAGGCUGAAAAGAAACAGAAAGAUUCAAUUAAAAAGAAAGUCAAACAGCAGCGUUUGAAAGAAAGAAGAUCUAUUAACAAGCAAAGAGAAGCUUCUAUUCAAGAGAACAACUUGAAACAGCAAGAACAGAAAUUGGAAGCGCUUCGUUUCAAAAAUCUCUCUGAACGAGAAAAGAGAGCUCUUGCAGCUGAACGCCGAAUCUUGGAUGCAAAAGAGUCUGAUGAAGAGAAACCUGUUUUUAGCCGGUGCUCACAAUGUCAAUGUAAUAUCAGUGGACUGGUCCCUUUUGAAUAUUACAAUUUCAGAUUCUGUACACCAAAAUGCCUUAAGGAUCACCGUUUGAAAUCAAAGACCAGCUGAUUGCAGCUUUAAUGGAGAGAAAAAAAAUUCUGCUUCUGGUUUUUGAGUCCAUAAAUGAUAACCACUUAAAUCUUAGUUUUAAAAAAAUAGAUAAAAUACUUCUGAACUGAAUAAAUCGUAAAUUUGGAACAAUUGAAAUAUGGUGAAAAUGUAUUAAAAACCUGACAUUAGCGUUCUCAAGACCUAUGCAUCAUAUCUGAAAAUUGUUCAUCUUUGUUAUUUCAGUGUUAUAAAAUCCUUGACAGUAGUUCAUAAUUACAAUUUUCUAUACAAAUUAUGACUUGCUGAUCAAUAUCAAGAUAAAAUCUUGUAAAAAGUUUU